GGUCCUUGUGGUGGGAGCAGAGUGCGGAGACUGGGAGACAGAGAAGAAGGCAGGCAGGCCGGGGGCAGGGAUGGCGUUUGCCGUGAGAGAAGUGGGGACUGCUGCGGGUUUGAGCAGAAGAGACGUGUUUUGAAGGGACCACAGCUCUGUCCACAGGAGACUGGGGGGACGGGAGCGGAAGCAGGGAGACCUGUCCAGAGGCUCCCGGGAAAGCCAGGCGAGGGGCGCUGGCCAGUGGGACCAGGGCAGGGGCAAGAGGAAGAGGGAUUCGGGGUCACGAAAGGAAGCGGUGUUGGCUGAUGGACGUGAGGCGGGAGGAGGAGAGAUUGUUGGCCCAGGUCGGACGUGGGGUUUCCAUCCCCCCCCCCCCAGCGCCUCCCGUGGGUCUCCCUGUCCCAGCGCCUCUGCCCGUGGCCACCAGGUGUCGCUCUGGCGCCGGAGCCGGGACGUGGGGGUAAGGGCGGGUUUGGCCAGAGGAGGGUGCUGCUGGCCCAGGCUUGCCCUCUUGGGAAGGGGGGGUCCCUCUGCCACAGCGGCUCUGGGGCUCUGGGGCUCGGCCAGGCCUGCCGGGCAGGGGAGACGCCCCGGGCCGUUCCUUCAGGGGGAAGAAGUAGGCUGGGCCCCAAACAUCCGGGUGAGGCUGAACGGGAGGGGCCCCGGGAACCUGAGCCGUGGCCGUGGCCGUGGCCGUGGCUGGGCUGGAGGCGAGUGAAACGGGAGCCCGUGACCUGGAGCGAGUGGGCGUGGAGGCGGGCGGACAGGCUGGGGGAGCCCAGGACACCCCGUCCUCUGCGGGGACAGGCCUGGGUCCUCCUCCGGAGAGUCCGGGAGGGGUCUGUCCCCGAAACCCCCUGGGGUCCUCGGUUCCUUAGGGAGUUCGUGGGGCUUUGCCGGCGUGAACAAACUCAGGCCUCCCGAUGACGGGGUGCAGCGCCCUGCCCGCCAUGCAGUGCGCCGCGGGCGUGCCCCCCGCGCUGGUGCGGAGGGGCCUCCUCGGCCGGGACCGCCUGGUGACCAGGACGCUGUGCAGCCCGGGCCCCCGGCAGCCCCGCGGGGACAGGCCGGAGGAGGCCCUGCGGCUGCCCCAGCGCCUGGCGGAGCAGGGCCGCGCCCUGGGCCGCCGCCUGCAGCAGCGCGCCGCCGCCCAGGCCUCCGCCUGGUGGGAGCGGUACGAGGAGUUUGUGGGGCUCAACGAGGUCCGAGAGGCCCAGGGAAACGUGGCGGAGGCCGAGAAGGUGUUCAUGGUGGCUCGAGGGCUCGUCCGCGAGGCUCACGAGCAGCUGGAGGCGCAGCAGGCCAAGCUGAAGGCGGUGAGGGACCGACUGGACCGCAUCUCCAAGGAGGACAGCCAGUACCUGGAGCUGGCCACGCUGGAGCACCGGAUGCUGCAGGAGGAGAAGAGGCUGCGCACGGCCCACCUGCGGGCGGAAGACGCGGAGCGGGAGAAGUUCUCCCUGUUCUCGGCGGCCGUGCGGGAGAGCCACGAGAAGGAGCGGGCGCGGGCCGAGCGCACCAAGAACUGGUCCCUGAUCGGCUCGGUGCUGGGCGCCCUGAUCGGCGUGGCCGGCUCCACCUACGUGAACCGCGUGCGGCUGCAGGAGCUGAAGGCCCUGCUGCUGGAGGCGCAGAAGGGGCCCGCCAGCCUCCAGGAGGCCAUCCGGGAGCAGGCGUCCAGCUACUCCCUCCAGCACCGCGACCUGCACGGCCUCAUCGCGGACCUGCGGGGCCUGGUCCCGGCCGAGCCGGCGCCCGGCUCCGGGCCCCCGGCGGGGCCCCCCGCCCGAGGCGGCGACGCAGACGCGCUCUCAGCCGCCCUGAGAGAGCAGCUCGGCCUCUCCCGGCAGGUCUGCUCCUGCCUGGAGGGCCUGCAGGAGCAGCUGGGCGGCCUGGAGAAGACUUUGGGCCAGGUGGCCGGGGUGGCGCAGCUGGCGAAGGCAGACCCGGCUCUGCCCGGCGCGGCGCUGGAGCCGGGGGGCCUGGUCUUGGUGCUGCCGGACCUGGAGCAGCGGCUGGAGGCCCGGGUCAACAGGAACACCAUCUACAGCACGCUGGCCACCUGCCUGACCAUCGUGGCCACCAUGCCGAUGCUCUACAUGCUGUUCAGGGCCAGCUAGCCGCCGCGCGGGGGGCCUCGCUGGCCGGCGUGGACGCGGCAGCGGGUCCCGGUGGUGAAGUGACUCGUGGGGGACACGCCACCUCAGCCCGAGUGCGGGCACGUCUGUGUGGUGCACGGCGGACAGACACACUUCCCUCCGUAGGCAGUGCUCCUCUAUAUUAACUAUGAAAACUGUGCUGACGUCCCAUUAAAAUGUCUGAGUUUGUUAUUUAAAGUAAU